AUAUAGUGGCCAUGCUCCUAGGCGGUCCUUGAGCGGUUGAGUCCCCUAACUGCUCUUACUCUUACCCCUCAGUCCGACUUCGUGAAUCGUGAGGCCAACAAUCCCGAAGUCAAUCUGCGCUGUUAGUUUUCCACCCAGCUGCAGUCGAAUCGCAGCUCGUAAAGUUGCAACAUUUCCAAGUCAGAAUUUUUCCAGUGAUUUGGCUUCCCCCAAAGUUAUACCUCUUUAAAAUUAUAGUUGGUGAUAAAGCAAAGUGAAACAUCAUGUCAAAUCCGUCUGCUGACAGUGCUUUUGCUAUGGAUGACAUUUAUCGAGCCACAACAACGGCGAUUCCCAAUGUAUCUCGAAAUGUGUUGGGUUCGUUGAAAACCUUUGUUGGCGCUGGAACCAAUGAACCCGAUGAAAAAGAGGCUUUCCUGGAUCUCAAACCAUUAACCAGAAGGGCUGUUUCUUCUGAAGUUGGUGAUGAUAUUGAAUUGAGGACAGUUCAAUUGCAAUUUCCAUCUGCUCGUACAUUGGACAAAAAUGCCUCCCUUUACCAGGAAGAGCGAAUUGAAACAGGAAGGGGUACUUUGCUUGUUGCUAAACAAGGCGAUCAAACUAAGCCUGCAAUGAUUACUUAUCAUGAUUUGGGUCUAAAUCAUGUGGCCAACUUCCAGGCAUUUUUUAACUUUUCAGAGAUGCGUAUCCUAUCUCAGAAUUUUUGCCUGUAUCAUAUCAAUGCCCCAGGUCAAGAAGAAGGCGCGGCUACAUUACCAGAAGGUUACGUAUAUCCUACUAUUGAGGAACUUAGCGAGCAGAUAAGCGAUGUGAUGCUGCAUUUCAAUCUUAAAACAUUCAUUGGUCUUGGAGUUGGUGUUGGCGCCAACAUUUUGGUUCGCUUUGCUCUGUCGCAUCCUGAGAGGGUUGACGCACUGUGUCUUUUGAACUGUAUCUCAACCACAGCCGGAUGGAUUGAAUGGGGGUAUCAAAAAUUGAAUUCUCGACAUUUGCGUUCGAAGGGUAUGACGCAAGGGGCCCUAGAUUAUCUGAUGUGGCAUCACUUUGGACGAUUAACGGAGGAGCGCAAUCAUGAUUUGGUUCAUGUUUAUCGUGAAUACUUUGAACAUCACGUCAAUCCAAUGAAUUUGUCGUUGUUCAUCGAUUCGUACAUUCAACGUACAGAUCUAAGUAUCACUCGUGAGUUAGAUCCGAAUCGCCGGGCAUCAGUGCGGACUGUGGAAGUUCCUGUCUUGAAUUUGACUGGAGCACUUAGUCCUCACGUCGAUGACACAGUGACUUUUAAUUCGAGAUUAGAUCCAUCAACUUCUACUUGGAUCAAAUUACAAGAUUGCGGAAUGGUUCUUGAAGAACAACCCGCGAAAAUUGUUGAGGCUCUCCGGCUCUUCCUCCAAGGGAAUGGAUACGCUCUGAGUUUAUCUCGGAAGCCAUUAGCUUCAGCUUCAGCAGAAGUCCUUGUUUCGGUCUCUCCGACGUCGACUAUUCCUUUAGCUCCUUCUCCUUCCUCAUCAGCGAACAAACUACUUUUAUUUGGAGAUGAUUUCAGUGUUGGUGGAUAAAUCCUAACUACAACCUAGACGAUGCCUAAAAUGCCAUCUGCAAGAUUAUUUGACGACGAUUGCCACCAGUUGAUUGUUGAUUCCGCAUACCUUCCUUUCGAGCAUAUUCUUACAACGUAGUUAAAAUUUAAUAAGUGGUUGAUGUCCUGAUACUUAUUUAGUUAUUUUAUUUGUUUUAUGCGCAAUACCUUAAAUAGAAAACACGAAACAAUUGUCAUUUUAUGUGAGCUGCGUUUAAAAAAAUUCAAAUGUGCACUAUUAUCAAAAUACAAACAUUAGUAAGCCGAAAAA